UGUGGACCAGGCAAAGGUUGUUCUGUCAAGUAUUUCGCUCGAGCGUCGUAGGGCGGCUCAGUAUCUGGCACGCACUGAAUUGCUAACUCUACUCGGAGCUGCUCGAGGCUAUUUCUUGGAUGCCUGGUGUUGUUGUUCUUCCUCUACCAUCGCCCAGUCUCGCAGGGUUCGGUCCAGACACUCACAGCGGAACCUACCUGCCUCGACAACCUAUCGAUCCUCCCUUGGAUCAUCCCACUAUGCAUAAUGAAUUGUCAUCUUUAGGAUCUGUCCCGGAGAUCAAGGAACUUGCUAGAACCCGUGCAGAACGUAGUAAGGGUUUCGGUGCCAAAGCACUCAUUGGGUCGGCCCGCACCCAGAUACAAACAGCUCAAUCGAAGGACGCCGCUGGGGAGCCAAAGGCAGCUCUGCUUGCCUUCCAUGUCGCAGCUGCUCUAAUUAAUAUUUAUAUGACGCACCCCAAUUACGUCGCCGACAGGACUCCGGGUAGUUCAGGUAAUAAUGAGUUCGUUCGGUUUUACCAGGAAAAGGGAGCUUCUCUGGACCGUAUCAAAAGCCUCGAGGAGGAGCUUCUUAAACUUGAGAGAUCGACUACAGCUGUAUCGCCUUAUCCGAGCGAACUGUCCAGUGUAAAACCGCUCGCAGAUCGAUUGAAGAUGCUCGGUCAAAAUGGGCUUGACCCUACGACGAAACGUUAUUCACGAGAAGUUCCCGCUCCUUACCUACCGGAUUCACCUCGCCCUAUUCGACCUUCACCCUCGUUGUCCUCUAGUCUUGUUCUCAGCACCGCAUCUUCAGCAUCGAACUCUACCACACCUUCGCCAUACGCAGUCGUCCCGCCAUCGUCGUUUGGGCCGCCGUCCCCUACAUCUUCUGAUUCGUCAGAGGAGACGAGUUUCGAUCAAGCUGCGUUCCGUGCUGGGCAAUUCAGUCGCAAGAGAGACCUGGGAGGUACAUCAACAUUCGAAUCAGCUUCACACCUCUGGAGACCUCCAAUAAAUGAGGCACUAUCUGGCAUACCUUCAUCACCUGAGCGCCGAUUUCCGGAAUUGCCAAUCGAUUCCUCGAGGUCAACAUUCGAAUCAACUUCACGUUUCUGGACACCUCCUCCAAUAAAUGGCGCGCUGUCUGGCUUAUCUAUAUCGCCUGAGCGCCGGUUUCCGGAAUUGCCGAUCGACUCCCCAGGGCUACUACUUAAAUCCCACGAUUCAGAAACAUUUAGUGACACUCCCGCAACUCCUACUUCUAUCAGCCGCCGAAAGAUUCCAGCACACGUCCCGUCAUCUAUAUCAUAUAACUAUAGUCAUUCUGAUAGUACACCCCGCACGCCUCCCGUAAUACCCCAUUCACAUGCAAACGGUUCUGCAGUGACAUUCACAUCGAUACAAUACCCCGCCUUUGCAAACACAAGUAGUCACUCCGCUUCAAGGACAGGGGGCACACCCUUAUUCUCCCAGCCCCCAGCGCUUCCUCCGCAAGCGAGCAUCAACCCCUCUCCGCUUGUCCGGAGGCGAAGCGACUACGUCGAACUAGGUUCCGGCAGUGGAUCAUUCAGCGCUCGCCUCCCCAUUGAUUAUCCAGAUCUACCCAAUUCUCACGUUAUUCGCCCUCCCCCUCCGGUCGCUUCCAACUCGUUCCAGCGGCAACAUUCGCACUCGCAGUCAUAUUCCGUUAGCACGCUUAAGGAGGCUCCCAAACCGCCCACGAUACCAUCUGCUUAUCCCAUAACAUAUUGGUCUGACAUGCAGAUUGUCAGAGUUGGGCUCAAGAAUAUGGGCAAUACGUGUUACAUGAAUGCUACUAUUCAGUGUCUCAGUGCCACGGUGCCAUUUGCAAGAUUUUUCACUGAAGGUCGGUGGAGGAAGGCCGUCAAUGCAGUCAAUCCCAUGGGAACGCAAGGGAAACUCGCAUUAGCGUUUGCGAACAUUCUUUACGAUAUGUCUCACUCCGAGCUUCCGCAUCUGAUCCCAACAACGUUCAGGAAAUCAAUAUGCGUAUAUGCCCCUCAAUUCUCGGGAUCUGACCAGCAUGACUCGCAAGAAUUCCUCACCUUCCUGCUCGAUGGUCUCCAUGAAGACCUUAACCGUCCUGAACGCGAAGCCGAACUGGAGCGACUUCCUCAGACGAUUGCCAGUUCACAGGAAUGGGAGAUAUACCGGAUGCGGAACGAUUCACUCAUUGUAGACUUUUUCCAAGGACAAUUUAGGAAUCGAUUGGUGUGCUUGACAUGCCAUAAGACAUCGACGACGUACAAUUCCUUCAUGUACCUUUCGCUUCCCAUGCCUUCCGUAAAGGGCCCAUCCAAAAUAUCUUUGCAGUCAUGCCUAGACGCGUUUGUCAAAGAAGAAGUGCUCACGGGAUCAGAGGCUUGGCACUGUCCGUAUUGCAAAACUCUACGUAACGCCACCAAACAGCUUUCGUUGUCCCGUCUUCCACCAAUUCUGCUUAUUCACCUGAAGCGCUUCUCGCAUAAAGGGGUAUUUACGGACAAGAUCGAGACCGUCGUCGACUUUCCUCUUAAGGGUUUGGAUUUGACGAAUUACAUGCCUCCAGCACUACCCCCUGGGAUGCAUAACAGUUCAGCGAGUGGUAUUGGCAUCGAUGAUCCGCGAGUGCAGACGCCACCAUACAAAUACGAUCUAUACGGCGUAACAAAUCAUUUUGGAAAUCUAAGCAAUGGGCAUUAUACCGCUUUUAUCGCUUCUCGUGGAGGAUGGCUUUAUUGUGACGACAGUCGGGUCACACCGACUGACGCUAAGGACAUAGUGGGACGCCCAGCAUACGUGUUGUACUACAAGAGGAUCAAAUCAUAGAAUCAAUCAAACUUGUUUCACUACUUAAGAUCUUGCUUAUUUGGAUCAAUGGAUGUUUAUCUUCUCGAGUCAAGUCAAACUUACAUUCGCUAUACUUGCUGUUAUCCCUUGUAGCUCGCAUGUCAUUCCUUACUGUUGUUUCUUUUGGCCGAAUUUUCGUAGUCUAUGUGUACUCUCAUAUCCAUAAUGUCAUUUGCUUUCCGAGUCGUA